AUGAUGUCACGAUCGCAGUCAAGAUGCUUUCAAUUGACGCUUAUUCAUAUCCUCUUCGUCAUCACCAAACCUGCCGGCAGCAGGCUGGCCAGUCCCGACCUAACACGUCGCAUUCCUUCCGCUCAAUGGGUCUCGACAUUGCGAGGAGGAUGUUCUGAGGCAUGUAGUGAUGCGGUAGCAGAGGAGUGCAACGAGAACACAGCAGACGCGUAUGAGAUGCUCCAACAGACAAACCUCAGCACCAUCACGACCAGAGCAAGUGACAGCACUAAGAUGCGAAUGUCUUCUUUAGAUCUCUCGGUCGAAACGAGAAUAUUGAGAAACCUAAUUGGCACCAGGGUUGCAAACAUCUACGACAUCAAUGCAAGGACGCUUGAGAUUAGGCUAGGCGCUAGCUGUGCAUUGAAGGAGAGUCAGACUCUCCCAAUGUCGGCAGAUGCGCUACACGUCAAUGGUAGCAGUCAAAGGAUCUCUGUGGUGAUUGAAAGUGGAAGUCGAUUGCACACCUCUCGUUUCCAUCGAGCAACUGCAUCCCGCCCAUCCAACUUUGCGACGAAGAUCAGGAAGCAUAUCCGAGGACAGUUCUUGAACGAUGUCAGGCAGGUCGGGAAGGAUAGGGUCUUGCAGAUGACUUUUGGACUGGGAAACAGAUCCAACCAUCUGAUCCUAGAAUUCUACGCUGCCGGCAACAUCAUUCUCUGCGAUCAUGAGAUGACCAUUUUGUCUUUGCUUCGUUCCUACGAGACUCCAGAUGGUAGACAUGUAGAGGUCAAGUCAAAAUACUUGAUAGAUGAUGGAGGAGGGUUUCAGCCGAUGAGCUGCGACCGACUUGUGAAGGCGAUUGAGCGAUCAAGAUCCAUCUGUCGAGGAUUGAGAGAGUCCACUGGAUCAUCCCUCACACGCAAAGACAAGAAGAAAACAGCUUUGAUGAAGCUGCUUGCAACGGAGUGCCAGUAUCCUGGACAACUCAUAGAGCAUGUCUUGCUGUGUGCAGGAAUUCAGCCGGAUAUCCCAGCGGAUGAAGUUAGAAAUGACAUUGACCUGCAAAGACUGUUACAAGCAUUCAAAGAGAUCGAUCACUUGUUCAUGCUUGGUCACAGUCAGCAGCUGGCCACCCCGUCAAGUUCAGCUGCACUCAAAGGCUAUGUCAUCCUAGACCGGAUAUCUGACUCUUCCAAUCAAACCCUCGUCAUCUCUGAAUUCUCUCCGAUCUUGUUGAAACAGCAAGAGGACAAAAUGGUUUUAGAAUAUCCCAGCAUUGAUGUUGCGAUGGAUGAAUUCUUUUCUACGAUUGAUUUCAACAGAGAUCAAAAGGAUGCAAAUGAAGCUGUGGAAACUGUUUCGAAGAAAGUAAACAAGGCCAAGAAAGACAUAAAAUCUCACACUGAAGGCUUGAAGCAAGAGGAGCUUCUCAACCAUAAGAAAGCCACAUUGCUUGAACUCAAUUCAUUUCAUAUCGACGAAGCGUUGGAUAAAAUACGAGGACUAGUCAAGAUUCAUCGAAACGCUGCAAAUGUCCUUCAUGAGAUACAUGAAAUGAAUUCUACGGCUUCUUUUCGCCUCCCUCAAGAGGGGAUAGUGGAGAGUGAAGCUGUAAAGUCGAGAGGAGCAACAGAUAUCACUCUUGUCCUUGACUACUCCAUCUCAUCGCUGGCAAACGCUAGGAAUUUCUUCCAAAAAAAAAAGAAAGUUGCAGCAAAGCAGCAAAGAGCGGAAGAGAUGGCAGAUAUCUCCCUGAAGAAUACACAAAUCAAGGCUUCGCAGAGGAAGAACACAAAAGCUUCAAAGAAUGAUUUUCAGAGCAAGUCGUCUUCAAUUGGAAUUUCUUCAGUUCGGAGGAAGUUUUGGUUUGAGAAAUUUUUCUGGUUCAUAUCGAGCGAUCAAAUAUUGGUGAUUGCAGGAAAAGAUGCCCAACAGAACGAGCUCUUGGUGAAGCGAAACGAAUUGAAGGAGAGGAAAGUGUUGCCAGAGAACACAAUCCUGCAAGCUGCAGAGUUUGCAGUCUGCAGGAGUUCUGCAUGGAAAUCGAAGACUGCAAGCGGUACAGCUGCCUACUGGGUUUAUCCUGAUCAAGUGUCAAAAGCUCCUCAGUCAGGAGAAUAUCUCUCGAAAGGAGGUUUUGUCAUUCGAGGAAAGAAGAAUUUUGUUUCCAUCAGCACUCUUUGCAUGGGAUUCGGCAUUUUCUUCUACUCCCCUAGAGCGAAUGAUCUGACCUACGAUGAAAACUUGAUGAGAAAAGAACAGGAAGAUGUAGAGAUUGUGACUGAAACGAUGAGUCAGACCAGUUUCACUGAGAUUGAUGCUGACAAGCGUAACACUGACGUGAUCGAGAACUCAACGUCUCAGGUGGAAGAGGCCGAAGCUUUUCAAGCGACUGACUUCCGACACUUCAUCACGAAUCCAGCCACGAAACAAGAAAUCGUGUAUGCUCUACCUGUAGUCGCUCCUUUCUCAGCAAUCAGAGAUUACAGAUUCAGGGGGAUGCUUAUACCUGGACUUAUGCGCAGGUACAAGGCUUUGCCAUGA